AUGACGGAAUCUAUAAUGCCUAAAGUUAAUGACAAGUUUGAAUCGUUAGAAGCUUUUGAAGAUGCUGCAAAAUCAGCGGCUAAAUCUAAUGGAUUUGCAUUUGCAAGAAAGGACAGUAAUCUUACCGGACGUAACGGAAAAUCACCCUUUGUCAUUUUGCAAUGUACUAAAGGAGGAGAAUGGCGUAAUAAUUGGAACAUAAGUGAGGAAACACGAAAAAAAAAAAAAAAUACUAGACGUGAUGGUUGUCCAGUAUACAUUAGAGCUGUUGUUACGAAAACAACAGAUGCUGAUAUUAUGUGGGUAGUUACAAAGGUUGUACUUGAUCACAUACAUUAUAUGGUUGAAUCAGAUGAGGUUGCAAUAUUUCCUCAAUAUCGUGUUAUGAACUUAAGUCAAAAAAAUCUUGUACGACAAUUACAUGACAAUCACGCACCUACUCGUGUUAUUACAGCCGUUAACAAAGUAAUCGAUGGUGGGAUUAUUUGCACAAAAGAUAUUGUGAAUGAACGUGCUCGUAUUAGAUAUGCGUUGAAUGAAGGCUCCAAUAAUGAUUCUGCCCAAAAGCUUCUAAGACUUUUUGAAGAACAAGACGAAAGUGAAGCGUCAUAUAUAUGGUUUUUACAAACUCUUCGCACAAAGAUUUACAAUGCUUAUAAUUGUUUACCAGACGUAUUUAUGUCAGAUAGAGAUCAGGCCUUAAGGAACGCUUCAUCUAAAGUAUUUCCAGAAUCUAACAAGAUGUUAUGCUAUGAAGCAUUUAAAAAAGAAGUUGAGGCUCUACGUUUUACAGUGGCUGAAGAACAAAUUUCACAGUCUUUAAAUGCAGUCAAAAAAGCUGCACAGAAGGCUCGUGUGCCUGAAAAAAUAGAAUUGUAUAUUCAGUCAUUAAUGAAAGAUUCAAAAAUGUGGAUUUCAGCUUACACUAAACAGUUUUGUAACAUGGGAAUAUCGACUACUGGACGAUGUGAAUCAUCUCAUAGUGCAUUUAAAAGAGCCAUUGAAACACCUAGUGACUUGGAUAGUGUCUUUCGCCAAAUUGAUCAGACAAUGCGCUUACAACAUCUAAAAGCAACAAUGCGUACAGGUUCUAAUAAAAUAGCAAUUAAUCCUUUUAUUCGUCAUGAUCCUAAAUUUAGUGAACUUAUUGGAAAAAUAUCAGUAUGGGCGAUUAAUCAAAUCAAAAGAAUAUUACAAAAGAUGAAAGAUCAAAAGCUUCCACGUUCUUCAAAGUCUUCUAUUACUGACUCGGAGUUUUAUAGUGCUUUCGUUAAAGCUGAAGAGAAAUUUGAACAAUUACCGGACAAUGUUGCUAAAAUUGAGUUUAUUUCUAAACUUCGCCAAAUAACAGAAAUGCCAUUAUCCGAGCCUGUCAAGUUACCACAAAAAGUAGUAUUAAAAGGUCAUUUUUCAAAUACUAAGCGGGAAUUACUUUUAACUGAACAUCAAGAUGCUAUUGUGAAAAAGAAAAAAAAAAUGUUAAAUAAUACUACUAAACUUAAAAACAAGCCUAUUCAGCAACAACGUGUAUCAUUGAAACAAAUUUCUAUCUCUUGUUCAAAUUCUAAGCUAUAUGAGACCAACAUUCCUAAAUUUAUGCACGAAUAUAUUUCUACAUAUUCUGAUGUAGCCGAAGAUGGUAAUUGCGGUUUUCGUGUUAUAGCUCUAUCAAUUGGAAAAUCUGAGGACUUCUGGCCAGAUGUUCGAAAACUUAUUUAUAAUGAACUUUGUAGUCAGAAGUCUCAUUAUAUUCAACUUUUUUUAGAAAAAGAAAAAGAGUAUAAUGAAAUAUUAUAUGCAACACAGUGGAAAUCUGGUCCUUGUAAUAGUGAUCAUUGGAUGAUUAUGCCAUCUUUUGGAUAUGUUAUUGCAAAUACCUUUCAACGACCUGUUCAUUAUUUUAGUAAGGUUAUUUCCCUUACAUUUCUUCCUGACAACAUACCAUUGAAUCGAAAUAUAUCAAUUGCUUUCGCUUACAUUUUUGAAAGACAGCAUUUUGUUGCCGUAAAACUCAAACCCAACGUGCCUGUUCCUCCUAUCAUAAGAGGCUGGGAAGACAUAUGCUCUGAACAAAGUAAGAGGUGGAAGCUUUUGUUCUCAACAAGAAUUACUCGUUUUAUAGAACAUGAAAAAGAAUGUGAAUAUUUGCAAAAAGAAAAUUUAGAUAAUCAUAUCACUAAUUUGACUGUUAGUUAG